AUGAAAGUUGAGAUGGAGGUAGAUGUAGAUGAUGGAUCAGGGGUGGAUAUGAGUAGUGAAAUAGAUGAAUUGUGUAAAAGGUUUUGGUCACUAGAUGUUGUUGGGAAAAGAGAAUUAAAAGGUAGGGUUUGUGAACAUGCUUACCCCAUAACGACUUCAAUGUAUCCACCACCUGAGAAAUUAAAAAACAAAGGAGCUAUGAAUAAAGGGAAGAAACCAGUAGGAUAUGAUGUUUAUAGGGAUCCUUCAUCUCAUGAGUAUGUUAAUCAAGCAUCUCAAACUUUAAAGAGGCAAUCUCAACCAUCACAAACUUUGAAGAAGCAUUCACAAUCGAAGAAGCAAUUAAUGUUGCAUCAGUUCUCUCUUCAAUUUCCUAAUCAUAUUAGGUCAUAUAUUAAAUAUGUAGUUAAUGUUGCAUCAGAUGGUAAUUGUUGA